GAAAGAUCUUCAUCCGUUCGCUUCAGCCCGAGGCCAGUUAUCGUCCUUUUGCUUCUCCUGCUGACAAAAGCGACAAAGACAGCUUCGUUCGCUCAUUGUUCAUCGAUAUAUUCAUCAUCCCGUGCCCAGCCUCUCGUCGGCGUCCACCCCUGCGGCCUCUUUCGCAGCAAUGCCCAUGCCCUCCCACAUCAGCCUUUAUCUCGACGACAGUGUGCUCGGACAGCAUCUCUGUCGCCUCUUGAUCCAUUCCUGCAAUGGGCUGAGGAUGCCGGGAUUGAGGUUCAUGACGUGAUGGCUUACGAGGAGGCGGACGGCAGCGAGGAGGUCUACCGGGGACUGCGGUGCACGUCGCAGAUUGGUGCGAGUGACGGAGGGCAGCGGACUACACUGGUGUCGCUUCCGCGGUCUGCUGCUCUUUUGGAGAGUGAAGAGUCGCCAAACCCGUUGCCAUUCAUUGUGCAAGACGAGGUGAGGCUGCAGCAGAGUGUGGCCCAUGUGUCGGUAUACGAUGGCCUGCUGGUCCUCGGUUUUGUUUGUGUCACGUCAGGCUUGGCAAUACUUGCCCACGUGGAUUCGUCUGGUUGUCCGUCUGCUGAUAGAGAGGCGCCUGGGCGCCUCGUCGUCGUUCCGCCCCUAUCUCGCCUUGCUGCCGUCCUCCUUCCCAUCGCUGCCCUUCAACCACCUCCCCUUCAUUCGCGCAGCGCUGGGCCGCUGCAGCCCUCUGUUAAUGUCCAUUGUCGAUAAGGCGCAGGAGGACUUGGCUGGCAUGCACUUCUUCCUCUCUGCCACCCUGAACCUGACCACUGUCGAGAAAACCAUGGCGGCAUCCGCCGGCAGGUCCGCUGAGGGGAGGGGGAAGGGGCAGAUGGAGAAUGAUGAUUUCGGGCUGCCGAUGAGCGGCCCGCUGACCGUGCGUGAGUACCUGUGGGCCGUGUGUGUGGUGCUGACGCGAGCCGUGCCCAUGAAGGAUGCCACCGGGCGGUCGCUCGAGCUCAUUGCUCCCAUGAUCGAUCUGGUGAAUCACAACUCGUCGCAAUACGGUACGUACGUGAUGAAGGAAGGCCUAUGAGCAGAGGGGAGCUUAUUAUGUGUCUGCGUGUUGAUGGGUGUGUAGGUGCAUCGGGUGUGGCCUACAACGAGACGAGCGACGCUUUUGAGUUCUUCACCACUUCCGCAUAUCAAGAGGGGGAUGAGAUCUUCUUUGCUUACGGGCCCAAGACAAACGACGACCUCCUGAGGUAUAGAUAGACCAGAAGGCGCACGUACACACACUGGGCGAUUUGUGUGCGUGUGAUUUCAGGGGCUUCGGCUUCGUAGAAGCGAACAAUCGGUUCGACAAUGUCUUCGUUGGCACCAUCCUGCAGCCCAUCCUCAUGCAAGACGCUGCACUGGCAGACGCUCUCGACUUCCAUCCUGAGGGGAUCCAGCCGGCAACAGAUGAUGACGAUGGCCAGCGGUUAGGACUCGCUUUGUCAGCUGAGCGUUCUGAGCUGCUACGGGAGCACAGGAGUGACAUGCUGGAGAGCCUCUUCGGCUCGUCUGCGGUGGUCGGGGUGCAGGGACCGUCUUCGCGCAUGGCAGGGGCGCUGGCUACUCUGUUCUGCAGUGACGAUGAGCUGCAAAAGGUGAUUGAGUGCAAGACAUUCGCCCAGACACCCCUUGAUUGCUGCCUUUCCUUCCCUGUUUGCAGCUCGUGCUUCUGAAAGGCCCUGAAUCGCGCCUCUGGUGGUUUGAUGAUGAGCAACACGUGACCCCAGAGACCGCUCCCGAGAAGCCUGACCCCUCUCUGUUGGCCGCGUGUGUCGAUAGCCCGUCGAUAGGCCAGGUGCUUAGAAGGGCGGUUGAAGCGUCGCGGCAAGCCCUGCAGAGGCUGCGCGAUGAGGUGUAUGAGGGGGCAAAGGCGUAUGAGGGGCGGGAUGGCGCAGAGUGGGAGACAGAUCGGGUGGUUGAGAUGGUGGCGGGCGCGUAUGUGAGAGAGAAGGAGCGAAUUCUUCGGGAGUUCUCGUUGGUCCUCGCUGAUUGACCUUGUUCAUGUGUCCCGAUGAAUGUGGAUUGACGCAGGGGCACAUUGUUACUGGUCUUCGAGGGUAUGUAUCCAUCCAU